AUUACGCAUAAAUGUAAAUAACAUUAUAACACCGAAUAUUUCUCUCGCAGGUAGAAUAUUAUCUGCCGUCGAGAAGACCGAAUCUAUGCAUCCUAUAUUAUACAGAUUCACACGUACGGCGAUGAACAGUGACGGAAGAAGACACCGCUUUCGUGUUUUAUCAAAUAUGUGGCGUCUCCGUUUUACAUAAGUGAAUCGACCAGUCAUGAAACUAGAGACUGUGUCUGACAUAUCCUCGGACGCAUUCCUCGCCGCAUUGGACAGAUUUGUUGCUCGGCGUGGGAUUCCCAACAGCAUGUAUACAGAUUGCGGCACAAAUUAUGUGGGUAUGUGGGUAAUAUCAUCAAUAAAUGGAAAAAUUUUACAACGGAGUUACCUGCGUUGUCUUUAUUAUCGCUUUCUCGAUUUAUUGAUGUAUGCUCAUCAAAAGCCAUCCAGUUAUUAGGUUUUGCGGAUGCGUCAAAAAAGGGAUAUGCGGCUGUGGUAUACUUGAGAGUCGUCGACGUGCAAGAUGAGGUCACGGUGCAUUUCCUUACAUGCAAAACAAAAGUCGCACCUCUAAAAGCAUCACAAACGGAUGAAUCACUUACAAUACCCCGACUGGAGUUGUGUGCUGCGUUAUUACUUGCGCAAUUACUAUCUCAUCGUGCUUCGUGAUAUUGUAACGGUAGAUUGUGUUCGAGCUUGGAGCGAUUCUACCAUUGUAUUGGCGUGGCUUAACGGGGAUCAAAAACAGUUCAAAAUAUUCAUUACAAAUCGAGUUUCAAAAAUUCACUCACUUCUGCCACAUUGUGAAUGGUCUCAUGUACGAUCAUCAGAAAACCCAGCAGAUCCUGCAUCUCGAGCCCUCGAGGCAUGUUAUCCGAAGAACUUCUUACCAAUCGGUUACAUUUAAAUGGUCCAGAGUUUCUGCAAGAUCCCAACGAUCAGUGGCCAAGUUUGAUACCGAACGAGUUUUCAAUUGAACAGCUUCCAGAUGUUAAAACCUCAGUUAAAAAUGUUUUUCAUGUUCAGGACAAUAUUCAACCUACGGAGGUGAUCAGCCGUUUUUCCACGUUAACAAAGAUGCAACGUGUGUUAGCGUAUUGUUUUCGCUUUGCCCGUCGUCGACAUAUUCCGAAGAGCAGCGGACCAAUUACUCGGAUGGAGUACGACCGUGCAUUGAGCGCUGCUAUUUUAUGUACGCAACUGACUUAUCUAUCGGGUCUACACAAACAGAUAAAAAAUCAAGAUUCCAUCACUCCUACAACGACAGCCCAGCUAGCUCCUUUUAUCGAUGAGAAGGGAAUCAUUCGGGUCGGCGGAAGAUUGAAACGUGCAUUAUUGGAUGAAGAUGCUAAACACCCAAUCCUUCUGCCUCAAAAGACUCAUCUGACGGAGCUUAUCAUUCGACACUAUCAUCACAUCUCGCUACAUGGUGGAUCAAGAUUAGUACUUGCGAUGAUACAUCAACAAUUUUGGAUUAUUUCUGGUCGAACAGCCGUUCGUAACUUCACCUAUUCAUGUAUCCCUUGCACUAAAUUUAGGAGUAUGAACCCAAAACCUUUUAUGGGGGAUUUUCCAGCUGUUAGACUAACUGCAAACCGACCAUUUUUCGAUGUUGGGAUGGAUUACGGCGGGCCUUUCGUGGUUCGUGAGAGUCGACGUCGCGGUGCGCGUAGCAAUAAGAUAUAUUUAGCAGUAUUCGUAUGCAUGUCAGUAAAGGCUGUGCAUUUGGAGACUGUGUCUGACAUAUCCUCGGACGCAUUCCUCGCCGCAUUGGACAGAUUUGUUGCUCGGCGUGGGAUUCCCAACAGCAUGUAUACAGAUUGCGGCACAAAUUAUGUGGGUGCAGCAAAACAAUUAAAGCAAUUAUUUGACAAAGCUUCCAAUCAGCAUGUUUUAUAUGGUCGUAUACCUUGCAAGUGGCACUUUAAUCCCCCGGGGGCCCCACAUUUCGGCGGUAUAUGGGAAGCUGCCGUAAAGAGCGCAAAAACCCAUUUGAAAAAGGUGAUCGGUGCUCAGAUAUACACUAAUGAAGAAUUUACAACUCUCAUAACGCGGAUCGAAGGCGUGCUGAACUCUCGGCCGAUGUUACCGCUGUCAAGUGAUCCAAACGACCUAGAGGUGUUGACCCCCGGUCAUUUUCUAAUUGGGCAACCACUACUAUCACUGCCAGAAGAAAAUGUAGUAGAUACUCCAACUAACCGUCUAAAUCGUUGGCAAUUACUCCGUCAAGCUCAUCAGUCUUUCUGGCAUCGUUGGAGCAACGAAUACUUACACACCCUCCAAGGAAGACAAAAAUGGUACAAGCAGACACCAAAUUUAGCCGUUGGAGAUCUUGUGGUCAUCAACACACCAUCACGACCACCCAUGUCCUGGCAAAUCGGUCGAAUCAUCCAGGUGCAUCCAGGUGCAGAUGACAUUGUACGUGUAGCGACUGUCAAAAUACAGGAGGGAACUCUGACCCGUCCUGUGGUCAAGUUGGUGAAACUACCGGUUGAUCCAAAACCCUAAAAGGCACCCAUUGACGAUAUCCUUAUCAUUUUUUUUUUCUCCUUGUUAUAUUAUUAUUAUAUAUAUUUUUUUUUUGUUUUUAUAUAUUUAUAUGUAUUUUUUUGAAAGUCAUCCUUUCAAAAGGCGGGAGGAUGUUCGUACCAGAUAUCGCCAGAGCGCGCCAGCUAAUUGGUAAUUAAUUAAAUUUGAUCCGGUUGCUGGUGCGCCUGCGCUGUUUGUCUCGGUGCCCCGUUGCGCCGUCUCUCUUGGGCCAGUCUGUCAAAAGUGUCGUUACGACUCCGACAUCGGUCGUCGCCUUUGUUAUAUAUAUAUAUUUUUUUUGCCAUCGGUGGCAUAGUGUUUGUUGGUGCGUGGCCACUCGAGGCGAUGCGUAUUUUGUGACGCGGGCGAUUUGGUUCUCAAUUCCGUAGAAACGGUAUUCGGUCAAUUCCGACGUAGCGGAAUUGAGACCAUUUUUUUGUGCACACGGACGCACACAUAUAUAUUUAUAUAUUUAUUCUACACCAGCGCGGGCGGUGAUAGUAUUAAUAUAUUAUAGUGUGCCUUUUUUAUGGUGCACCGGGCACCAUCGUCAGUGGUACUUCGUUCGUGUUCUUUUAACAUCAUUGGUGUCGUUAUAUAUCGCGCGCGGGUGCGAAGUGCAUUGUAUCGGGCCGUUCUACACGUGGGUUGCGGGACCUGCAGUCAACAACUUUCCAGUCAAUAUUUUGAAGGUUAUGGUGCGGUUGGCGAUACGGUCACGGUAACGUGUUAUCACUUGUGAUACGCGAUAUUUCAUAUACGAGUAUAUGUUUUUUUUUUUUUUUAUAUUAUCAAUUUGAGUUGUUAUUAUAAUCAACAUUAUUAUUCUUUUAUUAUCAUUUAUUACGUAUUUAUUAUCAUUAAUUGGUUCAACUCUUAGUAUUAUUAUAACAUUUGGUAUUAUAUAGUAGGUGGGCGCCUACUCCCCAAUAUUAUCUUUGUAAAUUACAUAAUGAUUAUUAUUUUGAUGUGUGUGAUGUACGUUUAUGUGUAAUACAGUCCACUGAAUUUUUAU